CUCUCUCUCUCUCUCUCUCUCUCUCUUCUCUUAUAGCUAUGGCUCUGGUUGUGGAUCAACAACCAAGCUUUAAGUAUUAUUGUAGAAUCUGCAAGAAGGGAUUUGGAUGUGGCAGAGCUCUAGGUGGUCACAUGAGAGCCCAUGGCAUCGGAGACGAAACCGGCAAUAUCGACGACGAAGAUCCGGCGAGUGAUUGGGAGGAUAAGCUUGGAGGCAGUAAUCCUCCACCUGGUACCAAACGUAUGUAUGCAUUGAGAACCAAUACAAACCGUCUCAAGAAUUGCCGGAUCUGUGAGAAUUGUGGUAAAGAAUUCUCUUCUUGGAAAUCAUUUCUUGAACAUGGUAAAUGUAGCUCUGAUGAUGCUGAAGCCGAGUCUCUCGUGUCAUCCCGAGGAUCCGACGAUGACGAUAUCGUUGCCGGACGGAGAGGUUGUGGUUGGUCUAAAGGCAAGAGGUCUAGAAGGCUCAAAUUGUCCAAUUGCCCAUCUAGUGAAGAGGAAGACCUUGCUAAUUGCCUUGUAAUGCUGUCCACGGCUAGAGUUGAUCCCCUUGUGGCCGAGACAGAGGAGUCAUGUGCGUCGGCUAGUAAGGACGAGGAGCGGCGGGAUCAGGAUCGGAAUCAUCCCGCCGCCGCCGCUCCAGCUCCACUGCCGACCAUGAAAGGGUUUGGAAGAGGGAUGUUUGAGUGUAAAGCUUGUAAGAAAGUAUUUAAUUCACACCAAGCUUUGGGUGGUCAUAGGGCUAGUCACAAGAAGGUUAAGGGUUGCUUUGCAGCCAAACUUGAUGAUCUAGAUGAAAGCCUAGUUGAUGAAGAUGUGAUCACACAUGAUGAAUUCUCAUUUCCAAGCAAAUCCACUGCAAUUCUACCUUAUGAACAAGCUUCACAUUCUCAAUUUUCAGUCCCUUCUAAGAGGAAAUCUAAGGUACAUGAAUGCUCUAUAUGUCAUCGUGUGUUCUCAUCUGGUCAGGCAUUGGGUGGACAUAAGAGGUGUCAUUGGGUUACUUCAAAUUCUUCAGACACAUCUUUGAUUCCCAAGUUUCAUCAUCACCAUCAUCAUAAUAACCAACAGCUCCAUCAGAUGCCCAAUUUCAGCAACAAGCCUGAGACUCUUGAUCUUAAUCUCCCUGCUCCGGUUGACGAUAUCGCCGGAAUUCAGUCGGACCGUGAGAACCGUUUAAGCUUCGAGAUCCCCACCGCGAUAUAUCUACAACCAUGGAUUGGAGUUCACUCCAAUACUAAUCAUCAUCAUCAUCAACUCCACCAUCACCACCACCACCACCACCAUCAUAACAAUGACAACUUAAGUAACACCAACAGCAACAAUAACCAGACCAACAACAACAACAACAACAAUACUAAUAACAAUUCAGGGAUUAAUGUGGAUGAUGAAGCAGAUAGUAAGGUGAAGCUAGCAAAGCUAAGUGAUCUUAAGGACAUGAACUUGGCUGGAAGCUCUUCUCCAUGGUUGCAGGUUGGGAUUGGUUCAACUGCUAAUUGGAGUAGUGGUGACCCCUGACAGUUUGAUUCAACAGAGAUAGUGUCCUCACGGUGUAUCUUGUAUCAAGUAACUGUAAUUAAAACAAUUCACAAUCCCAUAUCACUAUUCUUGUUAUUAUAUUACCCAUCACCACCUUUUCUUUUUUCUUUUUUUUGGUGGGUCCCUGCCCAUCUAUGAUACCUGGUUGGAUUUUUCAUCAGGAAUAUAUUUCUGAAUAAAAAUUGUAUCUUUUUUCUU